AUGUGCGGCAGGUCCCUGAGGCGGCUGCCGGUGGAGGGGAGCCGGCACCCCACCCCCAUGGGGCGCCCCCUGCUUCCCGUGCUCCUGGGGUUCCGCCUCGUGCUGCUGGCCGCCAGUGGGACGGGGGUCUACGGCGACGAGCUGAGCGGGCUCGUGUGUCACACGCAGCAGCUGGGCCGCAAGGCCGCCUGCUACGAUGCCUUCCACCCUCUCUCCCCGCUGCGCUUCUGGGCCUUCCAGGUCACCCUGGUGGCUGUCCCCAGUGCCCUCUACAUGGGUUUCACUCUGUAUCAUGUGAUCUGGCACUGGGGGGAAUCUGAAAAGGUGAAGAAGGAAGAGGAGACCCUGACCCGCCGAGGGGAGAAAAGCAGAGAUGCCUUGGGGCCUGGAAGCCCCAGGGUGCUCUGGGCCUAUGUGGCACAGCUGGGGCUGCGACUGGCCCUUGAAAGGGCAGCCUUGGGGGGGCAGUACCAUCUGUACGGGUUCAAGAUGCCCAGCUCCUCUGUGCGUCGUCGAGAGCCUUGCCUUGGUAGCAGAAGCGGUAAUCUGUCUCGCCCCUCUGAGAAGACCAUCUUCCCGAAGACCACGUUUGGGGUCACUGGGCUCUGUCUCUUGUUCACGCUUUGGGAGCUUGUGCUCCUGGGCCCGGGGAGAUGGUGGAAGAUCUGGAAGCACAAAUCUCCCUCUUCUAACUACUUCCCAACCUCAGAGAGCGCCCAAAGACACAAGGAACCGACUGAUAACGUCCCAGUGGUGGAAAUAAAAGGACGGUUUGGAGAAGCAGGUGAGAGGGGCACUGAUGUCCCUCUUUCUACCCGUCCCUGA